CGGCGCCCCAAAACCCCUAAAUAUAUAAAUUCAUCUCUCUCUGUCUAUCAUCGCUACCGAAUCGACCGGAUUUCGAGAUUAGUUGCUGCAAGUGUUGUUGAUCCAUCGUCUGAUCGGAGAAGAAGAACGGAAAGGAACUUUGUGGAUGAACAAUUCAAGAGGCUGUGCUGGAGCAUUCUUGCGGAAUUCUUAUCAGUUACUAUAGCUGAUUGAUAUAGUUCCAGAUUAAAAUAUAAGCAAAUGGAUCGACGUGAUACUUCAGGUUUUGUCAGCGGGGGUGGGGUGUACUCAAGAAAUGUUGACAGCUGACCCUAGUAUGCUGAGAAAUACCUAACCCUAGAUCUAUAGCUUAGAAAUAUCUUACUCUAAUUUUGUAGAUAUAUUUAUAGCCCAGAAGUCAGUCGACCCGUUCUUUUGCUAAUAAGGUGUGAUCAGUAAAAUAAGAGAUUGCGAAUAACUUCAAUGGAUUCCAGGUUCCGUAAUAUGGGUUUUGCUGCAAACCAUGUGUCUGAUGCCUUUAGAAACCUGAGCAGCUCUGUACCUGGAGCCAGUCAUAUCACAGAUACUACAUUGCGUUUGGAUUCAUGUGGUUUUUUGAAUCCUUCCUUUCCUGCCUUGAAAGGUGUCAAAAGAAAAUGGAGUUCGGUAAACGGAUCAAUGGAUGUGCCAGCUGGGUUGCCAUUAGGCCUCUGGCUAGGCCAUUCUCCAAGCUCCUCAGAUAGCAAGGCAAGUUCAGCCACUGGAUGCACCACCAUGUCUUCUGCCAAAGAAACUGAUGAAGAGUCCUCGAUGGAUCUAGAGUUGGACUUCAGUCUUCAUCUUGGUGCUGAGAAGGCGCCUAUCAGAAAGAAAGCAUCUACCUCUAAUAAAGCAUUAAUGGAUUUGCAACACCAGGUUGAUCUGGAAUUGAGUCUCUUCUCUGUGCCGGCUGAGUCUGAUGUCACAACUGUUCAUCUGAGCUCCGAUUCUGAUAAGAUCCCACCACCUGUUGGUUGCGACUUUCACAUGGAUGAUGGAUCAAUGUCAUCACAUUGGAAAACAGUAAAUUCAUCUCCUCUGUUGCAAAAUUCUCUGAACAAAAAGAACAAUUACUUUGUUAACCAGACACUAUCAGAAACAAAGUCAGCUGGCCUGGCUUCACAUUAUCCAUCAUCCAGCAUAACAACUAUGCCAACAAGUUCAGUUACCUGUUCAUCUGGGUUCACAGAGCCACAGCAGCCGCGGACCGGUAGUACAAAGACAUGCCAGUUUGAGGGAUGUGGAAAGGGAGCAAGAGGUGCUUCUGGCCUUUGCAUUGCCCAUGGCGGCGGUCGGAGAUGUCAAAAACCCGGUUGUCAUAAAGGGGCCGAGGGUCGAACCGCUUACUGCAAAGCCCAUGGUGGUGGUCGAAGAUGUGAGUUCUUAGGAUGCACCAAGAGUUCGGAAGGACGCACCGAUUACUGUAUAGCCCAUGGCGGCGGACGAAGAUGUAGUCACGAUGGUUGCACUCGUGCAGCAAGAGGGAAAUCCGGGCUGUGCAUCCGUCAUGGCGGCGGUAAGAGAUGCCAGAUGGAAAAUUGCACAAAGAGUGCCGAAGGCCUUUCGGGGCUCUGCAUAUCUCAUGGUGGCGGUCGCAGAUGUCAGUUUCCGGCAUGCACCAAAGGUGCUCAAGGGAGCACAAUGUUCUGCAAGGCACACGGUGGCGGCAAACGUUGCACAUUUGAAGGGUGCACCAAGGGUGCGGAAGGAAGUACUCCUUUCUGCAAGGGUCAUGGUGGUGGAAAACGGUGCGCCUACGAAGGUGGUGGAGUUUGUCCAAAGAGCGUCCAUGGCGGAACCCUAUUUUGUGUAGCACAUGGCGGCGGCAAGAGAUGUGCGGUUCCCGGUUGCACAAGAAGCGCAAGGGGACGCACCGAUUGUUGCGUUCGCCAUGGUGGUGGUAAGAGAUGUCAAUUCGGAGGGUGCGGGAAAAGCGCUCAAGGUAGCACGGACUUCUGCAAGGCCCACGGAGGUGGGAAGAGAUGCUCAUGGGGACAACCUGGUUCAGAAUUUGGAAUCAACGAUCAGAUCUGUAAUUCGUUCGCCAGAGGGAAAACCGGGUUAUGUACGUCUCAUGGUGCCCUGGUUCAGGAUAAACGAGUCCAUGGUGGUGCGACCUUGGGAACCCUGGUUCACGAUACCACACCCGACCAACCUGAAAAAAUGAAAGAAACGGUGUUCCCUUCACAGAUGACAGCCGAUACUAGUGCUAUGAUGGCAUCUGGUUUCGAACCUUUUGGGAUUCUGGCGGGUGGAGAAAGGCGGUCGAAUGGUGGAGAAGGGCGGGUACACGGUGGAAGUCUGAUUGCUUUGCUAGCAGCAGGGCGUACUUCUGGUGGUUCAUCAGAUGCAGGAAAAGUUCAGAAAUGGAUAUAAAAGCAAAGGGUUUGAUGAUGAACGUUGUUGUAGAUUUGUGGUUUGUUUAAGCAAAAGGAAGUGUGGGACUGGACUUAUUAGCAAAAGUUAGGUUGUUACCAUUGUCGUUGUGUACCAAUAAUAAGUGAAAAAAAUUAGGCAACUAGUUAGUUUUGUAACUGCGGGUCUUUCCUAUUUCCUUGUAUAUAUAUAUAUAUUUCUGUUACAACAUGUUCUUUGUUAAGCCAUUUAAAAUGAGACCCAUAUUUACUUA